AUGAUCUCGCCGUCCGCCGCUGUUACCCCCCCGGCUACCGAACCGAGUGUCAACAGAACCACGUCUGCAAGGCGCCGGGGUUUGAGCUAUCUGCGUGCUCUUUCACACAAUCGUUCAUCGGGUGGAACGAGCCCGAACGAGCCCUCCCGUUCGCCUAGACACUAUUUCCAGAGGUCACUCAGUUACAACGACAAUCGACCAGAUCCUGUAACGAGUCGACGACGGAGCACGUCUCGCCCAAACGAACCUACCACCUUCCUCUCCUCAGACCCGCGUCAGGUUGGGACAAGGAGCCCCUCGCCCCGAGUCGAGCAGGAACCGCCUACAGAUCAAGUGGAACACACGAGUCCGGAGGAUAUGGCGAGACAUCGGUCAUCCACGUCAAGGAGGACUGCCAGCAAUAACCCUCAGGCCGAUGCCUCAGCCGCAGAGGCGUCAGAUUCCGUCCCGAGACCUGCCCAAGCAAGAGGCAAUAACAAGACUCCUUCGGGGACAAAAGGAGAGACACAGGAAGGGGAAGCGAAGCAACAUUUACCUACUAUUCGCUUCUUCCCUCACCAGGAAAUCAGGAACGGGAGACCUUCGCUGAACUUCUCCCCAAUCUCGCGGACCUUACCCAACGAGCACUCCAUCAUAAGAGUCGGUCGCUAUUCUGAGCGGGAAGGGGUCCCUGCGGCCAAUCCUACUGGACCCUCUGACGCUCCUGUUGGCUUCAAGUCAAAGGUCGUCAGUCGAAAACAUUGCGAGUUCAGUUUUCUUGAUGGUCAAUGGCAGAUCAAGGACGUUGCAUCUUCCUCUGGUACCUUUUUGAACCACAUCAGGCUGAGUCAACCAAAUACCGAGUCGAGACUAUUCCCGAUCAAAGAUGGCGACAUUGUCCAGUUAGGCAUUGACUUCCGUGGCGGAGAGGAAAUGAUCUUUCGCUGCGUCAAAAUUCGCAUUGAAUGCAACCGUGCCUGGCAAAAGAAACCAAAUAAUUUCAACAAAAGCAGGCAUCAGCAACUGCAAAGUCUCGCGAAGGACCAGCCCUCUGCAGACACCAACAGUGGCGAAUGUUCGAUUUGUCUGGGUUCUGUCUUGCCUUGUCAAGCGUUGUUUGUCGCCCCAUGCGCCCAUGUCUGGCAUUAUAAAUGCAUUCGACCCCUACUCGAAGGCAAAAACAGUGUCUAUCCGCAAUUCCAAUGUCCAAAUUGCAGAGCUUAUUCAGACCUGACCGCCGAUGUCGACCUUGCUCAAUCCGACAUAGACGAAUGGAUGGAAAAUACUGAUGAUCCAGAGAACCAAACCGCCGAGGCCAGUGCCGAUGCUACGCUGGAAGCAAAUCAUGCCUCAGAUGCCCAUAUCAACGGUCAAGUAACAGGCGAACCAGAGUCUGCCAAUGCAACCGUGCCAACUACAACCGUAAAUGGCGAUGACACUCGAAUGGACAUGGACUCCGAAAACCCUCCCGUCACUAUAUCUCAGUCCCGAACCACUGAUGCUCCGGCAACUCCCAAUACGUCGGGGCUUUUGGCCCGCAGGCAAGCCACCAACCCGCGUUCAUCCGAGCUUUCAAUGAGCGGUAACAUCGACAUGCCUGAUCAACCGGUUGAGGAAGAGAUGCAGGUUCAGCUCGAACAGCAACGUACCCACACGCAAACACCGGAUCCCGAUCAAGUCGUUGUUGCAGAAGGACCAUUAACGCCCAGGAAUGAUGCAGGACCCUUUGUUUUUGACGGUAGUGCUGGCAGGUCCGAUGCGAGACAGCUAAUGGUACCUGGAAUGGUGGAUGUUGCUGAUGGAAAUCGUUCGUCUUGA